AUGAGGGCUUGGAGGACAUAUGGGGUGUAUAGGCAGCUAGAUUUACUGCGCCAGGGACAGGCGAAUGAAAAGGGAGAGAGAUCUGCUGCUUCUUCUGCUCUGUCUGCUGCUGCUCGCUGCUGCUGCUGCUGCUGCUGCCUCGAGCCGACCACGGGGGCGAGCGAUCUGCUGCUUCGUAAAGGUGCUGCUGCACCAAGCGGUGCCAGCUGCUGCAGCACGCAGAGUUGCUGCUGCAGCGACAGCAGCAGCUGCAGCAGCAGCUCCUGCUGCAGCGAUCAUGGCUUUGGGGGGCUGCGCUUUGCUACUGCUGGGAACGAAGCAAACUUAGGAGACAGCCGCAGGCGCCGGCGUCGCCGUCGCAGCAGCAGCAGCAGCAGCAGCAGCAGCAACAACAACAAUGGCUUGCGGCUGGAGACGGAGAGCGACUGCAGCUGCAGCAGCAGUAGCAGCAGCAGCAGCAACGCUUCGUGUGGAAGCAGCAGCAAAGUGGCAGCAAAAGGUGUAACAGCAGAUCUGCCCUAUCUCUCUCCUGCUGCUGCGUCUCCUCUGUGUACAUAUAAGAAUUUAUUUCCUGCUUACUUAUUCUCCCCUCAUUCUGCUGCAGUGCCUGCAGCCUUCUUCAGCAGCAGCAGCAACAGCAGCAGCAGCAGCAGCAAGAACGGAGGCAGCAGCAGCAGCAGCAGGAGCGGCGGCUGCAGCGGUUCUAGCGGCAAGGGCAACAGCACAAACAGCAGCAGCAACAGCAGCAGCAGCAGCAGAAACAGCAACAGCAACAACAACAACAGGAGCAACGGCGACAGCAACGGUAGCAGCAACAACAACAACAGCAGCAACGACGGCAACAACAACAGCAGCAGCAGUAGCAGCAGCAGCAGCAGCAGCAGCAGCGGAGCGGUUGAGGAGGAGUGCAGACUGCCGCUGUCCCCGGUGCAGUUGCUGCAGUGUAUGCUGGCUGAUGCUGCAGCAGCGACAAUCCAGCGUUUUAUUCGGGGAUAUUUCGCUCGUCUGCGUUUUGCUGCUGCUUUGGUGUGGCGGCGGGGUGUGCAGCAGCAGCAGCAGCAGCAGCAGGAGCAACAGCAGCGGCAGCAGCAAGCAGCAACUCUUAUUCAGAGCAGCUGGAGACGCUUUCAGGCUCGAGAAGAACUACAAAGAAGAAAAAUAAAAGCAGCACUAGCGCCCCGAAGAGAAAAAGCAGCAAAAAUUAUACAAAAGGCGUGGAGAGACAAAAUGCAGCAAAUUAAUAUGCAGACAGAAAAGCUAGUUUGCUGCUUGCUCGGGGUGCGCUUUGCUGCUGCUGUUGAAAUUCAAAGAAUAUGGAGAGGAGCAAAGACGAGGAGAGUAAUGGAUGAAGAAUGGGACCAGUGGACCAUCAAGUGGACCUGGGACAAGCCUAAUGCUGUUGUAGAGGUCGUGGGGGACUUUUCUUCGCCUCCAUGGACGAAAAGGCAUUUGAUGACAUACUGCCACAUCCGGGACUGCUUCGUCUUAACUCUCCCUCGAUGCCCCGGUAGACACGAAUUAAAAUUCAUAGUCAACGGGAAAUAUGUUUGUGAUGGAAGCCAAACAGUAAUUGCUGACGGUAGUGGACACUUCAACAAUUUAAUUCGCGUCCGCCCCGCAGCUCCAUCGCAAAUUCGAUUAAUCAGAGAACGGCUGAAGCUGCUGCAGGGGGCAAGCAGCACCUUAGGGCGCUCUGUCUCCUCUCCUGCAUUGCCUCUGAGUAGCUGCUGCAGCAGGAAGCAGCAGCAGCAGCAGCAGCAGAACAUCUCGUGCAGCAGGGGGCCCCUCCCUCCCGCUGCAACAGCAGCAACAGCAGCAACAGCAGCACGUCGCAUGUCGAUACAGCAGGACCUGCAGCUAAAUAGGUCUCCGCAGCAGCAGCAACAGCAGCAGCAGCAGAGACCGCAGCAGCAGCUGCUGCUGCAGCACCUGGGCUCAGGCAUUGACAGUGCGCUGCCGGUUGCUGCUGCUGGUGGCACACCUGCUGCUGCUGCUGCUGCUGUUGCUGUUGCUACUGAGGAUCUGCUGCAGCUGCUGCCCUGGGAGAACCGUACAAACUUAGCUUCUGUUAGCGGUAUAUCAGACGGAGAGAGAGAGAGCAGCAGCAGAGGAGACAGCCUUCUGUCUAAUCUCUCUUCUGCAACUGCUCCAGGUGCAGAUACCCCCGUUCACGCCCUUUCGCAGCAGCAGCAGCAGCAGCAGCAGCAGCAGGAGGGCGAAGGGCUAUCAACACCAUCAGAGGCAUACAGCAGCAGCGGCCCGCCAGCGACGCAGCAGCAGCACGAACUCCCCUUGGUGCAGCAAACGCGCACACCAACAGCAGCAGAAGCAGCAGCAGCAGAAGCAACAGCAGCAGCAAUCGUAGCAGCAGCAGCAGCAAAAGGUAAAGCAGAAGCAACCACAGAGGCAUUGCCUAUGUUGGUGGCGGCAGUGCUGCAGAAAGAGCGGCCCGCAGCAGCAGCAACAGCAGCAGCAGCAGCAGCAGCAGCAGUGGAAGCACCAGUAACAGCAGAAGCAGAACAGCCGCAUGUAGCAGCAGCAGCUGAAAGAGAGACCCAGGCAAACAUACAUUGCUCUGCCCAUCAGCAGCAGCAACAGGAGGAGACACAGCAGCAGCAGCAGCAGCAGCAGCGUCCGCAGCACAGGGCCAAGCAGGGGCAGCAGCAGCAGCGCAAACAGCGAAAGCGCCAGCAGCACCACCAACAGAAGCAGCAGCAGCAACACCUGCAGCAGCAACGGCAGCAGCAGCAGCAGCAUCCCCCCGUUGUAGAGGAUCCUCAAGGAGGCCCCAGAAGCGUGGCACCAGCAGCAGCAGCAGCAGCAGAACGCGAAGUAGCAGCAAGAGACACAGCAGCAACAGGAGCAGCAGCAGCACCUACAGCAGCAGAUAGGCAUCGGGUUGGAGGCAAACAACGAGGCAGAGACAGCCUGCGUUGA